AUGGAUGGAGUUAGCUUUGAACAGUGUUACCGUUGUUACCCAGUCACAUUCAUUGACAAGGCACAUCUUGAGAAGGGUGACAAAAUUAUCAUGCCUCCUUCUGCUCUUGAUCGUCUUGCUUCCUUGCAUAUUGAAUACCCAAUGUUGUUUCAACUGAGUAAUACUUCUGUUGGGAAGACCACACAUUGCGGUGUACUGGAAUUCGUCGCAGACGAAGGCCUUGUUUACUUGCCGUAUUGGAUGAUGCAAAACAUGUCUCUUCAAGAGGGAGAUAUGGUGCAAAUCAGGAGUACCAGUUUGGUAAAAGGGACUUACAUCAAGCUGCAGCCUCAUACCCAAGAUUUCUUGGACGUUUCCAACCCAAAAGCCAUCUUGGAGACUACACUUCGGAGUUACACUUGCUUAACAACGGGCGAUACAAUUAUGGUUCCUUAUAACAAUAAGAAAUAUUUUAUCGAUGUGGUUGAGACAAAACCUUCUUCAGCUGUGAGUAUAAUAGAAACGGAUUGUGAGGUUGAUUUUGCUCCUCCUCUUGACUACAAAGAACCUGAGAAGCCACAAAAGUUGACUCCUCCCUUAAAGAAGCGACCUCGAGAAGUUGAGGAAGAGGAACCAACAAGCAAAGUUUCCAAAUUCACGCCGUUCACUGGAUCGGGAAAACGUUUGGAUGGGAAAACAGAAACAAAAUCAACUGAGCCAGAAGAUAUGAAACAAGAGGAAAAGCCAACUGAGAACGGAAAAGACAAUGAGGAGUUGUCGUGCACCACACCAAGGCAAAAAUCAGGAAAGCUUGUCUUUGGUGGUUCAAGCAGCAAACCAGCUGCGAAAAAAGUUGAUCCAAAGAACAUCAAGCAAGAGACUUCAACAAAAUCCGAAGAAGCUAAGUUUAAGGUGUUCACUGGGAAGAAAUACUCACUCAAGGGUUAA